AAAACAAGUUAUUAACCACAAAGAAGAACGAGGAAGAAACCAAAAUCCUAAGCGAAGAAACUCUCCCCCUUCAACAAGCUCCACAUUUUUCCAUCCGCGAUUAGGUUUUUAGCUACUAACUCUCACUUGCUUUAGUCAAAAUCACUCAUUUUGCUUCUUUAUAUAAUCCCAAAAAUGAAUAAAAAAAACCCAAAAAUUAGAUAAGACCAAAGGAAAAAAAAUCAAUUUUUUUCAAUUAUAAAAUUUAAAAAUCUCAUCUUUUAUUUAAUGUAUUCAUACAAAGUGUUUUCUCUUUCUUCAUCGGUUUUUAUGAAUAAAAAGACAAAAUUUCAGUUACUUUUCUUCCAUCAUCAUAAUUUUCCGACGCAAUGUUAUUAACUCUUGCUUUUUCUCCUCAUUUUCCGCAAACCCAAUGUUGUAAUUUUGUUCCUGGAAAUGGGUUCCAAGUUGAACGUGGUUUGGAGUUUGAUACCGGCGGUGCAUUUUACCGGCGAGAAAGUGCUACCGGAAGAGACCUUGGUGUACUUGCAGCUUCUUUGCAGAAGAAAGUUAAUGGUAGUUUGCGUGUUCUUGAUGCUCUUUGUGGUUGUGGGAUUCGGUCAGCGAGGUAUUUGAAGGAAGCUGAAGCUGAUUUUGUUGCUGCUAAUGAUGGAAAUGAGUGUUAUGGAAAGACCAUUGUGGAUAAUUUGAGUAGAGUUUGUGUGAAAGAAGAGAAAAAAUGGGUUGUUACUCAUUUAGAAGCUAAUAGAGUUAUGACAGAUUAUUAUGUUGAGAAGAGUUUCUUUGAUUUUAUUGAUAUUGAUUCUUUUGGUAGUGAUUCUUCUUUUUUGAGGUCUGCUAUCAAUACAUUGAAAUAUGGUGGCUUGUUAUAUGUCACUUCAACUGACGGUUUCUCUUCUGGUGGACACCGUCCUCAUCAUUCUUUAGCUGCUUAUGGAGCCUAUGUGCGCCCUAUGCCAUAUUCGAAUGAGAUUGGUUUGCGGAUGCUUAUAGGUGGGGUUGUCAGGGAGGCUGCUUUGUUGGGGUACCAUAUAACUCCCUUGUUUUCGUACUAUGCUUAUCAUGGACCUGUUUUUCGGGUCUUGCUCAGAUUGAAUCGUGGGAAACUUCAUGAUAGUAGGCAUUAUGGUUUUAUUGGCCAUUGUCACCAGUGUGGAAAUUCUCAUGAAUUUUCUUGGGAUCAACUUGGUCGGAUGAGUUGCUCCUGCAGCGUGUCAAAGGUUUCAAACUCCCUUAAGGUAUCAGGACCUCUUUGGACAGGGCCUCUUCAUGAUGCAGCAUAUCUUACGGACAUGUUAGAUCUGGCCAAGCAGUGGGCAUGGAUUGGCUGUGAUGGUAAAGACAGUCUUGAAAAGCUUAUAAAAUUGAUGGUGGAUGAAAGCGACCCCAGGUUGCCAUUUGGGUUUAUCAACUUGGAUGAGAUGGCAAGCCGUGCAAAAAUCAACACUCCACCUCUGAGGACCUUGAUGAGCGCCAUGCAGGAGAAGGGUUAUGCUGCCAGCAGGUCUCACAUAACAUCAAACGCAAUUAAAACAAAUUGCUCCAUGACAGAAUUCAUUAAAAUAGCCAAAGAACUACAGCAGGUAUCUGUAUGACUGUCUCUUAUUGGUUUCGACUCUGAAGGUUCCUCUGAGCAUGCCUCGUAUCGAUGAAGUUCCAUCCCAGGAUUUGCCUUACCAUUCAAUGGUUAAUGUUCAUAUGUGUAAAAGGUCAUAUCUAUUCUUUUAGUUGUAUCAAAAAUUUUGUUAAGCAAUAAUUAUUUUAUAAUUUAAUUGACAAUUGUAUGUGCCAAUGACAUCAUUCUAAGUCUACCCACUAUUGAUGCUCAUUGCUCAA